AUGCGUGAGUGUAUUUCAAUCCACGUUGGUCAGGCAGGUGUUCAGAUUGGAAACGCUUGCUGGGAACUCUAUUGUCUCGAGCACGGUAUUCAGCCCGAUGGUCAGAUGCCAUCUGAUAAGAGCGUAGGAGUAUGCGAUGACUCUUUCAACACUUUUUUCUCUGAAACCGGCAACGGCAAACACGUUCCCCGCACCGUUUUCGUCGAUUUAGAACCUACCGUCGUAGAUGAAGUCCGUAACGGUACCUACCGUCAGCUCUUCCAUCCCGAGCAGCUCAUCACUGGCAAAGAAGAUGCAGCCAACAACUAUGCUCGCGGUCACUAUACCAUUGGAAAAGAACUCGUCGAUUCAGUAUUGGAUAGAAUCAGAAAACUAGCCGACAACUGUACCGGCUUACAAGGGUUUUUGGUUUUCCAUUCCUUUGGAGGAGGCACGGGAUCCGGAUUUGGCGCACUUCUAUUGGAAAGAUUAUCGGUCGACUAUGGCAAGAAAUCAAAAUUGGAGUUUUCUGUUUAUCCUGCUCCUCAAGUCUCUACCGCUGUAGUCGAACCCUACAAUUCCAUUCUCACGACGCAUACGACUCUCGAGCAUUCAGACUGUGCAUUCAUGGUCGACAACGAGGCUAUCUAUGAUAUUUGCAGACGUAACAUUGAUAUCGAACGUCCAACAUAUACCAACCUCAAUCGACUCAUUGCUCAAGUGGUCUCCUCCAUCACGGCUUCUCUACGCUUUGACGGUUCACUCAAUGUCGACUUGACUGAAUUCCAGACCAACCUUGUCCCAUAUCCUCGUAUUCAUUUCCCCCUGGUCACCUAUGCACCGGUUAUUUCCUCCGCGAAAGCUUAUCACGAACAACUCACCGUUGCCGAGAUUACAUACUCUUGUUUCGAACCCAACAACCAGAUGGUCAAAUGCGAUCCACGUCAUGGAAAAUAUAUGGCCUGUUGUCUCUUAUACCGAGGUGACGUAGUUCCUAAGGAUGUUAAUGCAGCUAUUGCUACGAUUAAGACCAAACGCAGUAUCCAGUUUGUCGACUGGUGUCCUACUGGAUUCAAAGUCGGUAUCAACUAUCAACCACCUACCGUGGUACCCGGCGGCGAUCUGGCUAAAGUACAGCGUGCCGUAUGCAUGUUGUCCAACACAACUGCCAUUGCCGAAGCUUGGGCGCGUUUGGAUCAUAAGUUUGAUUUGAUGUAUGCUAAGCGUGCGUUUGUCCACUGGUAUGUCGGAGAAGGUAUGGAAGAAGGUGAAUUCUCGGAAGCUCGUGAAGAUUUAGCAGCCUUGGAGAAGGAUUACGAGGAAGUGGGGACGGAUUCGGUGGAGGCAGAAGAAGAGGAAAACGAUGAAUACUAA